UUCAAGCGAUUCUAGCGGACUGACCGCUGACGUCGUCGUUACAUUCACGGAAUUGUUGUUUCUUUACGUUCCCCACUGUUCACAAAACUGCCGAGUGACUUGGAGAUCCAACGUGAUCCAGUGAUCUACGCGUCCCUCGCGCGGAUGAUGCUACGAGUUAAAGACGAAUCAGUGACUACAAAUUCAAGGAUAGGCUUUUCGAUUAAUUUUUUGUUUUACCUCAGUUUUGAAUUUAUAAUUGGCGCUGUCAUCUCCAGUUUCUUAGUCAUCCUUAAUGUCAUAAAAUCUCUUCUGCCAAAGCCACCAAGGGAUUUGAGCGGUGAUGUAGUUUUAAUUGCCGGUGUCUCGUCGACCUUCGGCGAGUCUCUUGCCGAGGAAUUCGCGAGGGGUGGAUGUUCUGUGAUCUGCGUGGAUAACGAUUUUAGAUCCGUCAAGGAGAUAACUACCAGGUUAAAAUCACUGUGCAAUAAAGUGACGGGAAUCGGACCUAAGCAUAGGGAAAAAGAGCAGGAGAAUGUAAGGCCCACAAUGGCAGCAUACGAAUGUAAUCUGCUGGAUCGUAAUGCCAUACGUGAGAUCGCCAAGAAGGUCGAGGAUGAAAUCGGUGGCGUCGACGUCCUAGUGACCUGCGCCGGGCAGUCUUAUCAAGAUAUUUUCGAUACAGCCAAUACUACUCUCAUGAGCCAUUAUUGGACGGUGUUGGCAUUUUUGCCAUUUAUGCUACAACGCGACAGAGCGCAUAUUAUCGGAAUUACGCCAAUUACGUCCACCCAGGAUGUAUAUUUGAGCUCGAGGGCGGCGAUCGCCGGUCUCAUGGAAAGUUUGGGUCAGGAAUUGAGCAAUCAUAAUAGCCAUCUUACCUUCCUCGCGAUUUCACCUACAACAGCACGCAGCUCGACAAGACAAGAAGAACAAGCAAUAGCUAAGGAGGUGGUGCAGGCAGUCAGAAGAGGCCAGUGCAGCAUUAGCAUUAAUUGGUGCUCGAAAAUGAUGUAUCAAAUAAGUUGUGUGAUCUAUAGUGCAAUAACGACGGUCUCACAAUGGCUUCACACGCAGGGAUGCGAUUAUUCCUUUUAAAUCCUGUUCUUGCUCAUGAAGCAUGAAGCAUUCCAGUCGGCCACCAACACGAGUGUGGGAAUUCGCAUUUUCUGUUAGCGAAUUUUCUCGAGGUAGACAGUAAAAACCUUUAAAAGCUGUUUGAAAUUUGUGUAGCAAGAAGUACCUUCCCACGAAUUAUGUGAAGGGAAGAAUCAUUCCAAAUAUUCACACGGAGUCAAAUUAGAAUUAUAA